AACACAAAAGGAUACCGGAAUGGAUUCCGGCUUCCGUUUCCGGCGAUAAAAAUGAGUGAAAAAGUGGAGGAACUGGAAGGAAGCGAGCUCGGGACGAAGGAUUACUGGGAAUCGAGCUACAGCAGGGAAAUCAACAACUAUCGCGACCAUGGCGAUGUCGGAGAAGUCUGGUUCGACGAGGACAGCCAAAACCGUAUUAUCACGUGGCUGGCUCGGUUAGAGGACGAAAUCCGGGCUGAGGAUGCAAUCAUCGAUCUGGGUUGUGGAAACGGUAUGAUGCUGAUAGAGUUGGCCCGCGAAGGCUACAGCAAUCUGACCGGCAUCGAUUACUCCCCGAAAGCGAUCGAGCUUGCAAAGGCGAUUUGUCGCGAUCAGGAUCUCAGCAUCGAGUAUCGCGUCGUGGAUUUGAUGUCCGAAUCGGAGACCACCGCUUUAGGACAGUUUAAGGUGGUACACGAUAAGGGAACGUACGAUGCUAUCAGUCUCCAUCCGGAGGACUCGAAGACGAUGCGUGGCCAGUACAUAGCCAGCGUGCAUCGGUUGCUGCGAGAUGACGGUAUCUUUGUGCUCACUUCCUGCAACUGGACCGAGUCGGAACUGGUCAAAAGCUUCGUGGAGAGCUUCAAUCUCCGGACAGUGAUACCGACGCCAACCUUCAAGUUUGGUGGAAAGGUGGGCAGCGUUGUAACAUCGAUUGUGUUUACCAAGAAAAUCGCCUAAGUAAUGAAUGAAGGAAACUUAUUUUCCAACGAAAGGGUGGUGUUUAUAUUAAUGUUCCAUUUAUAAAAUAAACUACAACGGUCAGAAGGAA